AUGGAUGUUUGCGAAGCUUGGAAGGUAGACCUCGUCAACGUCCAUUGCAUCCGCAAAUCGAAUUACAAGGGACAGCACGAGAGACUGAAACAAAACCCCGACCGCAUCCGCUUGCCCUUCGACGGGCUAACCAUGCCCGGAGCGAUUUUCCUCGCAAGCUAUGUCUUGCAGAGCCGUGGCUGCAAAGAGGAGAUGCAAACAGCUGCUCUGUCAACAUUGGAUGUGAUCUUGGGCACCACUGUUGUGGGAAGCUUCCGGUUGGCUUUGCUUCCUCAGAACGAGGCCUGUCUCUUGCACAUCCACGAUGGCUAUGUGUCUUUGGCCUCCUGGCAAGCUUUCCUGGAAUAUGCCAAUCUGAAACAGAGGUGGCAAAGCUGCCGGAUCCUCUCCAAAGAAGAGCAGUCAGUGGACACAGGCCUUCGUUUGCCUGUGGUCGUGUGGUUUCUACUUCGGCAGCCCCACACGGAUGAUCUGGAUGCAAAAUACAAGUUUGCUCGGCUACAACGACGGCUGAUCCAUAUCUUGAGUCAGUCUGCUGAAAAGUCGGUCGAGACGCUGACCACCAAUGUGCUGCCGCCCUUGUCUGCAGACCACACAUUCCACCCGGCGACCAAGGACGGGCGACGAUUAAAGCUGGAGUGCAAGCCAAAAUCGGAGAUGGCCAUCGCCCGAUUCCUCUCACGGGGCGGUGGCUUCUGCAGCAGCCAGGCAGAUGCAAGCUUGAAGGAGGUGGGGCUCGAGUCGAUGUGCCCCACGCAUUACAACAGGACGACGGCUGACUUCGUGCAUCGCUAUCUCCGCAAGACCCAAGAGAAGACGCAACAGGUUCUCAGCGGCCUGCAAAACAAGUCCAUCGCAUUGAUAUGCGACGCCAGCCCCAAAGCGAAGCACGACGAGUCUAGGCCUAAAGCGCUGAAUUCCCUCAAAGAGGACCGAUUAUCGGCGAAGCAAGAACUCAAGGCCGUGGCGAAUGUGCUGAGCCACAUCGGGCUCUCUUUGGACCAGCUGUGGCCGAGCUCCCCGUGUUCUCCAGUCGACCCCCACACCGAGGAGCGACGACUUCAUACUAUGGGCGACGAGAUCCAGGGUUAUGUUGUCAACAGAGAGACAGGCAACAGCCGAUGGGACACACAUGUGCCUGAUGAAGCCCUACGACUUAUCUUUUGUCCGGAUCAAGGAGGACCUCUGUUUUCAGCAUUCCAAUUCUUGGCUUACAACAAGGCGAAAGUAGGGUUCGUCAGGGACGAGCUGCACAAGAUCCAUGCCCACAUGGGUCGUGUUACAUCCUGCAGCCCGAUGAUCAAACGAAUGACGCUAUUGAGCGGCUGGCUCUUCAGAGCCAAGAAAUCUCCUUGGGGCACAAGCAAUGUUGCUUCCACCCUGAAAGAGGCCGGGGAAAGAUACCUGGAAGUUGCUCAGCCAGACGAUGUGCUGAUGGAGCUUUUCAGCAGGGACAUCUUGAAGGAGAAACUAAUCGCGAACAGACUGAACGGCUUCCCCUACACCUCGGAUGCCAAGCUGAACUUCGAGAGGACAAUCGACCUCCUCGGCAAGACCAUCAAGUACAACAGUGAAUCCUUCUCUUGGUCUCGAUGGUGCUCAUGGGCCCACACUGCUGCAAACUUCCAGAUGUCGGGCACUUUGCUGUUGAUCUUAUGGAGCUCCAUUGAGGCCCGGCUUGGUCGCUACAGUGCUCAUAUUGCUACGCAACCACUCUCUCUGGCGAUUCUCUUUCUCGCUCUCUUUUUGUCCCGCCCGCCCCCGCUCUUUCUCGCUCUCGCUCUCGCUCUCGCUCUCGCUCUCGCUCUCGCUCUCGCUCUCGCUCUCGCUCUCGCUCUCGCUCCUCCCUCUCUCUCUCUCUCUCUCUCUCUCUCUCUCUCUCUAUAUAUAUAUAUAUAUAUGUUAUAUCUUGUGUACACUAUAUAUAUAUAUAUAUAUGAUGAACCAAAGAUAAACAAUUAUUGUAACUGUAUGGUCUAUACAUGUAGAUUAUAUAUAUAUAUAUAUAUAUAUGUAUAUAUAUUUAUUUAUUUAAUUUAUUAUAGUAAUUAA